CUCCCCACCCCUGGCUUCGUCUCGGCGGAGGGGCGUCGGUGCCGCCGCGCCCAGAUCGCCUCCGCAGUUCCGCUCCCUCUCUUCGCUUGUCUCUCUGCCCCUCUGCCGCGAGUGGCGUUCUGUCUCGAUCCUAUCCAAUGGCGCGACCUCCCGCCGCCAUCUCCCCUAAAAUGUCGCCAUCUCCCGCUAGGGUUUCGCUGAAGCUUGGCUACAUCAUUUUAUACAAGGUCAACUUGAGCAACAGAACAAGAAUGAGAAUGACUGAAGUAGGGGAACCAAAGUGUUUCAUGCACCGAUCUGAUACAUGAACCCACAGUAUUGGCCUUGAUUCCGCCUGAUAAUGUGUGGGUGUAAUAACACUUGUCAAUGUGCCCCAUACAUGUAUUGAUUAUCAGGCGCCGCAAGACAUGGGCCGUGGGUGCCAAAUGAUCGAAGAGACCAGUCAGCAUCAUGACACUGCUGAAUCUGAUACACUGUGAGUACUGGCCUCCAAGUCGUCUCUCCCACCAGCACUUCAUCCCCUGUUGUUCAAAGCUUCCUCCCACUUGCAGCGGCGAUGCACGAGUAGCAUGAGACUCGCACAAGCUCCUCAGUAUGGUCUCUCUCCCUCUCUCUGUCUCUCUCUUGGCAGUUCCGCUUUCAGUUUAAUACUUCCUGCAUGUGACUGCCAUUUGGACCAUAGUUUGGUUUUGUCCCUAUAGGUCAGGGUCUUGUACUGGGCUGAGCGCUGUGUAGAUCAGAAGAAGCUCACUUCCUCUUGCCUGCCCUUUGGGUUUCUCGGUUUGCAGCUGCCACUAUUUAACACCCUAGUAGCCACUCAUUUCUUUCUCCCAUGCACAACUUGUCUUCCCUCUCUUCCAACACCACUUCUUCUUAGUUCCUCUCCGUCCCUGUCUGCCACCACUUCUGUCUCUCAAACUUGUCUCACUCCAACCAUAAACCCUCACUGUCUUGGGCUCUCUCUGCCAAGCAUCCAAUUCCUAAGUACAUCCGAUCACUCACAUUUGCAGUGAUGUCGAGCCGUAGGUCAAGGUCAAGGCAGUCCGGCUCGUCGAGGAUCACUGACGAGCAAAUCAGCGACCUUGUCUCCAAGUUGCAGGACCUCCUUCCCGAGGCGCGUCUCCGGGGCAAUGAUAGAGUGCCAUCUUCAAGGGUGCUGCAGGAGACGUGCACCUACAUCAGGAGCUUGCACCGGGAGGUGGACGACCUGAGCGAGAGGCUGUCGGAGCUGCUGGCGACCUCGGACAUGAGCAGCGCGCAAGCGGCCAUCAUCCGCAGCUUGCUGAUGUAGAGCCAGCUCCCAUGCAGUGCGCAGGCGCCUCGUCGCUGUCUUGCUGAGCGCACAAGCCUGAAUUUGAGCGUUUGUAGCCUAGGGAGCGAUCUUUAAUUAGUACCGGAGUUGCAGGUUACCUACUUAAUCCGCGUGUGUGCGCUGUCGUCGUGUCAUCAUCGUCUUAAUCAGGCCCAUCUUUUUUGUGUGUGUACUUAAAUCAAGUCGUUAAAUCAAACCCCGCCCGUGGUUGGUGCAA